AUGAGGGCGGGGGCGCGCUGCCCCAGCCUGGACAAGAGGACCAAAGCACCAGGGAGCGCAUUGGGCCCGCCCCACGUGAGCGUCCGGGCCGGAGCCAAGCCCGCCCCGGGGACUGCGGCCGGGGACAGCGGCGCCUGUGACCACUACGCCGGGCCCGGACUUACCGGGGCCAGGAAGUGCCGGGCGCCUCGGCCCGCCCCCCGCCCGCCCCCGGCCACCCGCCCCGCCGCUGCGCCCGCGCCCCCCGCCCGCGCCCCUGCCCUGCAGCUCUGCUGGAGCCGGGGGGCGGCGGCGCCAACGGCGGGGAGCCCGCGAACCGCCCUGCCGCCAACGGCGCAGGCGGCCCUGGCCCGGCGCGAACGGCGCGGGGACGCGGGAGGCCCGCAGGCCCGAGCCCGCGUCGCCCCGGCCUCCCCGCCCCCGCGCCGCGCCGAUGGCGUAGGUGCUGGCGCACCGGCCCCAUUACGCAAUGCAGGUUACGCGGGCCGCGCCGCGGAGCUCCGCCGGCUGCCCCGCGCCGUCCGCCGCCCCGAAGGGCACCGGUCCUCACCUGAGACGCUAGGCCGCACGCCGCCCCCGCCGGCCGCCGGCCGCCAGCCGCCGCCGCCCCCUCCUCUUCGGGCUGCCUGCGCGGCGCCGGGGCCCGCCCGCCGUUCCGCCGCGCUCACAGGCCCCGCUUGCCCGCGGGCACUGCCGGCAGCCACCGCUGCCGCAGCCACCGCUUCGGCUCUUCGGUUGCGGGAGAGCAGAACAAACAGCCCUACCGCCGCCGCCGCCGCCGCCGCCGCCAGCGCACUGACGUCACCGCGCACGCUGCGCGCGCGGUCACCCGCUGUCGCCGCCCGGCGUGCGCGCCCGAGACCGUGCCCGGCGAGAGCGAGCUCAAGAGAGCUGGCGGCCGGGAGGGAUAAAAAAGAAUGAAUCAUAUAAACAAGGAAAACUGCCUAAGUGAAGAGAACUGAACAGAAAAGGCUAAUGAUGAAGUUGACAUGGACAAACUUCUGACUGUAUGGCCAGGAAAUGAGCAGCAUUGCAAGAUACCUUCUACUUUAAGACUCACACAGAAGGCUGGCAAUUUGAAAGCUUAGAGGCUAAGCAUGGUGGAAAGUGUUCCUGAUAAAAUUUCGGUCAUGAGCCACUAAUGGUCCCAGGGAUUCAAGCCCUUAUGGAAUCAUCAUGGCAUCAAAAUGAAUGACAAUGGGUCAAGUGAGGUUGCUCCAGCUGCUAAAAAAUUCUCUUCAGCAUUUACCAAACAGAAAAGGUUUCUUGCCUUGACAGAUCUUCACUAUAGUUGUAACCAGCCUAUAUUGGUGAAGGAUGCCUGAUAGAAUUUAUGUGGGGGCUUCCCUGGUGGCGCAGUGGUUGAGAGUCCGCCUGCUGAUGCAGGGGACACGGGUUCGUGCC